GAAGGGAGAGGGAGAGGGAGAGUGCGCGCGCGUGGAUUGCACCAUCGCACCCCUUUUCCUGAACACUUAAACCAGCCAUGCUUUAAAACCACUGUAUUUAUUUGUAUCAUAUGUCUCGAUGUAUGUCUACUUAGGUAUAUUCAUAUUUUGCACCGCAUUGUGAAAAUAAACGUUCAGAUUGGUUAUUUUUAAGAAGAUACAGUGACAUCAAGAAUGGCAUUGGUAAUGGAACCUAUAAGUAAAUGGACACCCAAGCAAGUCCUGGAUUGGAUGAAAGGUCUGGAUGACUGCUUGCAGCAGUACAUUAAGAACUUUGAGAGGGAGAAGAUAAACGGAGAGCAGCUCCUGCACAUCACCCACCAGGAGCUGGAGGAGCUCGGUGUCACUCGCAUUGGGCACCAGGAGCUCAUCCUCGAGGCUGUGGACCUACUGUGUGCCUUGAACUACGGGCUGGAGACGGAGAACCUGCGCACGCUGUCACACAAGCUCAACGCCUCGGCCAAGAACCUGCAGAACUUCAUCACGGGCCGGCGCCGCGGCGGUCACUACGACGGGCGCGCCUCCCGCCGCCUGCCCAACGACUUCCUCACCUCCGUGGUGGACCUCAUCGGGGCGGCCAAGAACCUGCUGGCCUGGCUGGACAGAUCUCCAUUCGUCAGUGUGACCGAGUACUCACUGCUAAAAAACAACAUCGUCCAACUGUGCCUAGAGUUAACCACCAUAGUGCAACAGGACUGCACUGUGUACGAGACAGAAAACAAGAUCCUCCACGUGUGUAAAACCUUGUCUGGAAUCUGUGACCACAUCAUCUCACUCUCUUCUGACUCCCUGGUCUCACAGUCUGCCCACCUGGAGGUGGUUCACCUGACUAACAUCAUGCCAAGCGAGGGUCUGGGGAUGUACAUCAAGUCCACCUAUGACGGCCUCCACGUCAUCACAGGGACAACAGAGAACUCUCCUGCCGACCAGUGCAAGAAGAUUCAUGCCGGGGACGAAGUCAUCCAGGUCAACCACCAGACUGUGGUUGGCUGGCAGCUGAAGAACCUUGUCAAUGCUCUGCGGGAAGACCCAAAUGGAGUCAUCCUCACUUUGAAGAAGAGGCCGCAAAACACCCUGACCUCAGCCCCUGCCCUCCUCAAGAAUGUGCGCUGGAAACCCCUUGCCCUUCAGCCCAUCUCCACCAGUCCCACCAGUAACUCGACCACCCCGACCGGCACCAUGGGCAUCACCUCCAAGAUGGACGGCUCCAGCAUGCACGAUGUCUUCAUCCUGUCUCCCGUGUCCGGCCUCUAUGGGCCCAGGGAUGAGAUGGGCGUCAUGUCCUCCGAUGACCUCAGCAAGUACAGCAUGGGCAAGGCAGGCAUGAAGGGCUCGGAGUCUCCCAGCUACUACCUCGACCACGAGAGCGGGAAAUACUUCACCCUGGUGGAGGGCGAGGGCGUGCCCCUGGGGCAGGAGUACGACAGGGGCCGCUCCACGGGCCUGCGGAGGCGGGACAGGACCCCGACUCACGGUGACCUCAGGCCAGUUUCCAUGCCGACGGAGUACAACUGGAUGGUGGAGACAAAGGAGCCCAAUAUGUACAAAAGGGGCAGCAGAGACUCGGACAACUCCCUCCUGCACUACCUGAGCGACGACAAGAUCCUGGUGAUCCAGGAGGAGCCGGAGGCGUCGCGGGAGAGCAAGCGGGACACGAGCCGGCGGUCCCGAAAGAAGGGCAAGAACCCCAGCAGCCCCAGCUAUCCCAUCAGCCCCUCCCUGCUGUCCCCUCCCGUCGGGCUGGACUCAGGACCCCCCGAGGGGCUGCCCUUCCCGCUGCCCGAGAGCAACACCGUGCCUCUCUACCACAGAGCCGGAGACACAUUGAGGGCAGAGACUGACAGGUAUGCUAGUUCUGGCAUUGAGAGACAAGGAGGCUCAUCCAUGAGGAAGUCAUUUCACUACGCCUCUUUACGGACGAAAACCAAGAAGAGACCCAAAGGCUCUCUCACCAGCGCCAGCCGACGGCGGAUCUCCUGCAAGGACCUGGGGCAUGGCGACUGCGAGGGCUGGCUGUGGAAGAAGAAGGACGCCAAGGGCUACUUCACCCAGAAGUGGAAGAAGUACUGGUUCAUCCUGAAGGACUCCUCGCUUUACUGGUACACCAACCAGAAUGAUGAAAAAGCUGAAGGGUUCAUCAGUCUUCCUGAGUUCAGGAUAGACAGAGCGAUUGAAUGCAGACGGAAAUUUGCCUUCAAAGCCUGCCAUCCCAAAAUCAAGAGUUUCUUCUUUGCCACGGACUGUAUGGAGGAGAUGAACAGAUGGAUGAACCGGCUCGGGCUGGCCGCCAUUGGGUACACGCCGGACGACAAGGUGCCGCGCCCUGACGAAGAUUACUGGAGCGAGAGUGACCAGGACGAAACAGAAGGCUCGAUGACUCUCAAGCAGGAGGGCCCGUCCCCGCUUUGCGACAGCUACCACCGCACCCCCUCUGUGAACUCCUCCAGCCCUUUCCCCGAGCCCAAGCACGGGCGCCACUUCUCCAGCGAGUCCACGUACUCCCACUCGUCGGCGGAGGACUCGCGGCCGGACGCCCCGGGCAGCACCCACUCCUCGGGCUGCCGCUCCACGCACCGCGAGCGCCGCUCCUGGCAGGACCUGAUCGAGACGCCGCUCACCAGCUCCGGCCUCCACUUCCUGCAGACCGUCCCGGCCGACGCCGAGGGCGAGGGCGACGCCGGGGGCGGCGGUGGCGGCGGCGGCGGCGGCGGCUGCUACGGGGGCACGAUGGGGGGCGGCGGCUGUCCCGCCACGUCGCCGGAGCGCCGGUGGCAGGCCACGCUGCCGGCCCAGCGGCGGUACCGGCCCAACCGCGACGGGCCUUUCCCCCUGGUGGGGAGCGAGGAGCGCGGGGCGCAGGGUCACUGCCGGGCCGCCCACAAGCAGCGCAGCCAGAGCCUGCCGCGGAACCGCGAGGCCCGGGGCGCCAAGGCGGGCCUCGGCUCGGCCCGGCCCUCGGACGAGAAGAGCGAGGACGACGAGGUGCCUUUCCACACACACAACAGCACUGGCAAAGAAGAGUAUCCGUGUGAGGAGCAUGAGGUCACGGACGGGCUCCAGCAGCUUUACCGCUCGCUGGAGCAGGCCAGCCUGUCGGCGUUCGGUGAGCAACGCCCCUCCACCAAGCAGGAGUUUCGCCGAUCCUUCGUCAAGCGCUGCAACGACCCCGUCGUCAACGACAAGCUGCACCGCGUCCGCGCUCUACGGAGCACGCUCAAGGCCAAAGAGGGAGACCUGGCCAUCUUAACCCAAGUGCUGGAUGACCCUGCCCUGACCUCCAAGAAAUUCCGUGAGUGGAAGCAGCACCAUCAAGAGCUGUUCCUCGACAUCUGUGAGUUCAGCUCAGGCCCCAGGGACUCCCACAACGGGGCAGCUGAGCUCUCACCGCUGGCCACGCCCCUCCUGACCCACACCCACUCCUUCAUUGAGACACACGUGUGAGACACAGGGAGGGGAAGGGGGGGCCUAACCUCCUCCUCCUUUACCCCUCUGCCUUCCCUCGCACCCCCUCCCCGCACCAAACCAACUGACCAACCAACCACUGUAAUAUGUGUAAAUAUUGUACUGAGGACAGACGGAAGAAGAGAGUCGUGGUGUAAAUACUGUGGAUUAAAUCAAGGAAAGCCCCACAGGGUGCCCUCUGCAUGCCUGACAGAAAGUAUUAUCCUUCCUUUAUCUUCUGAACUGACAAACAAAACAGAUAAACAAAAGCUAAAGAACAAAAGAGAACUUUUCUGGCUUUUGCUGUUGCAGAGCAUUUUUUCCUCUUUAUUUUCCUUUUUUCCUGGUCCUGCUGAUAGCAGAGGGAGAACUGUAGCAGCAAUAUGAAGGAGGAUCAUUUCCACCACAACACUGUAUACUUCUGUACCCAGUUUCACAACCACAGCUCUCAAAUACCACAGAUUUUUUAUAAACAUUUAUAUUUAUACUAUUAUACUAAUACUGUUAUUUGUUUUUAAAUGCAAGCUUGUGUAAACAUGGAGGAAAAUUUGGCUUAUGGAACAGAGUGCAAAAUUAAGAUUUUCAAAGGGUCUCUACCAACUUCAGAUUUGGGGAUUCAUUUUUAUGACCACAGGUCUUAUCAGACGGUUGUCUAGAAGUUGCAUGAGAGUAACCGUGCAUCCAUGGGAGUGCGUAAUAUGCAGGGAGAAAAGUGUUUAAAAGUGUUUGUCUAGAAGCAGGCCACUCUUUAAAACUGUGAACUAUCCUUGUGAAUGCAAUCUUACGAUUCUGUCUAUGCAGAAUCAACUUUUUACAAAUCAACAUAUAAAAGGACUAAACGAAAAAAAAAGAAAAAAAAAACGGAAACAUUGCUUUGCGCUUGAAUGAUUACUGGUUGCUUUGUCUGUGCUGUUAGCUGCUGUUGGUGAACUCAGGUCUUUGGUUCAAUUCAGAAAUGGCUUCUGUGGGUGGAACUCAGGUCCUUGGUUCAAUUCCAGAAUUUCUUGUCCUAAUUCACCAUUUCUGAAUUGGCUUCAAAUCCCUGUCACUUAGCAUACAAGUGCCCCUUAUAACAGAUUAAAAACAUGUUACAACAUGACAUUAAAUUAUAAGGAAUACAUUUUCAUAUAUGUCAGUAUACAGUAUGUCAUUGAAUAAAUUCUGUUUAUAUUAAUGCUGAAACAUUUUUUUCUGUAACUGUGCAUAUAUUGUAACAUGUUUUGCAGUCUAUGACAAUUUCUGUAUAUGAACACAAUUACCUAAAUAAAUGUAACAGUUUAUAUAUAUAUAUAUGUAUAUAUAUAUAUAUAUAUAUAUAUAUAUAUAUAUAUAUCACAACAUCUUCCGGCAUAUCACAUAUAUGUUUAGGCAUAUAUGGAGACAUAUAAUUAUUUCACUCUAUAUAAGCCUUCCUAAAAGGGUUAACAUUUGACUAUUGACUUUACUAGUCUGUGUUGUAGACUAGUGGACUAGUGGAUAUUGACUGGUCCGGUGUAUUUGUGUGUGUGUGGGGGGGGGGGGGGGGGGGAGAGUUAGUUAGUGAGAGAGAGAGAGAGAGAGUCUUAGAUAAAAAGCAGGUUUGCUGCACGAAAGUAAAUUAGUCCUGUCCAUUUCAAUUAGCCCUGUCAAAGUCAGAGAAAGUGAAUGUGCUUCUGUGCAGCUGUAGUGUAUAUGGGUAUGUGCCAUAGAAAUCUAUGAUACAGUAUAUGCUCUGUGGUAUACACACACACACAUGCAUGUGAUCCAGACCAAGAGCCUUUUUUCAUAAACCCAUGUACCCACAGUCUCAUACAUUUACAAUACAGAACACCACUGUAUGCAAGCGUCUCCCACUGGCCUUGCAAUAGGGGAGUUCCAUUCACAAACAUAUGCUCCAUGCUUUCUCCAACAUAUGCUCUAUGAUACUGUGUAACUGCACAUAUAUUAGUCCAGGUAGGAUUUAAUAUUUGUAUAUCCAUAUUCAGUGAUACGCAUAUGUUUUCACAAUAUAGUUUUUUGUUUUUUCUUUCAAAUAUGUGUUUUACUUGUAUAUUUUUUGUAUAUAUUUCUUCUGUAGUAAAGACCAAGGGGUUGAUAUUGAUAGAUCGGUUUGUCCCUCCACUGAAUCUUACUGAAAAAUGACAGAUGUUUGUAGUCCUCUCUGCCCCUCUAUUUAGACCAUAUACAAACUGUUCCACAGAAUGUCUGAUGUUAUGGUAGACUGAAGAAGUGUAAUAUUGUAGCUCUUUUAAGCCGUAAGGGAAAGUAUGCAUAAAUAUAACUGCUGCUGAAAAAUCGUGCUUUUUCUGAUGAAAGAACUGUUAUUGUAAAGGAGGAAAUAAGACUUAUCUGUAAAAAAAAAAGAAAAAGAUACUGUGUUUAAGAAUAACAGAUGCAUUUAUUUUUGAACUGUUGAAUGAUUGGCUUUCUUAUGCCACAAGGUUAUGCCAUGCUCAGAAAAACAGGAAGUGGGGAAAUAGAGAUUCAAACAAUCAUAAAUGAUAUAAAACCUCCUGACUGGUAAACUCAAUAUACCAAGAGCCUCUUUGGUGUAAUUCCUGUUCCACAUUCAGUCUCAGUGUGCUUCAUCCUUAACUCUGAGUGUCAAGCAUAAGCAAAUUUUACUUUUUGACACUUCUACAAAAA